AUGUCUUGGGACCGCCGUCCUGCCCCAACUAGGAACAAGCUGAACCCCAGCAGCUCCCAAACAGACACCUGCCUCUCGGUUCUCCCCAGCCUCUUAUUUAUUUACUUUGCCGGAUGGCUGUUUCUAACGAAGCAGCGUCUUGGCAGCUCCCUCGCCUGUCCUUCAGCACCACGCUCAACCAGCGAGAGAGGUCGGCGCCUCGUCCCACUCCUGCGCGGGCAACUGGGGCCUAGGGCUUGGGUCACGUGUUCAAAGAACGUCUCCGCGCCUGCGCGAGCGGCCGGCGGAUGUCCAGAGAUCCUCCCGAAAGCCGCUGGGACCCGGGGCCUGAGCCAGGCAAGGCCGGGCCCAGUCCUCCGCUCACCCAGCCCGCGCGUGGCUCCGCCUAGGUUGGGAUCAGGAAGGGGGCGGGUCCGCCGGCCGGGACCUCUCCAAAGGGCUGUGUCCCUUCGUGAGCUUCCCGGAGGUGCUUUACGGCUGCGUUUGCAAAGCGCAGCGCCAAGUACUGGAGGGCGAGUCAGAAAGGCUCUCGCCAGAGAGCUGCAGGAUGGAGGAGAUCAAAGACUUGACGGUUCUACUGGCCCGAGAUGUUCCCAUGUUCAAGGACCAGCCAGAGAGUCAAAUAUGCACCCCCAACCAGUCAUACAGGAUGCCUGGCUUCUAGUCACCUGCCUUCCAGCUUCCCCACGCCAACAGCCUCCAGAGAAGGCACCAGUGGCCUGUGAAGUAGGUAAGCUGGAUACUGUCGUUAGUCGACGUUCAGAGGUGACAGAGCAGCAGCUUAGCGUGUCUAAGGCCACACGACCCCCAAAUGGCAGAACCGGGACUGGAGUCUGGAUCAGCGCCAUCCCCUGACGGUUAACCUCUUCAGGACCCAGUGCCAAGUCUCCCCAGCUUGCAGCAGCAGCGACCGCACGGACCACCAUGGGCUCCCAGGCCCCACUAGCUGCAAGGGCACGCAGACACUGAUGAAUGUUCUCGAAGAUCCUAAAGACAAGGCUGAGCGGAAGCUUGCAUCAGAGGGACAGGUCCUGGCCAAUUGUUCCCCAUCCCUGGUGACAGGUACCAUCUUAUUAAAUCUGUAAAUCGGUUGUGCUGAGACUAUAACAGAGGAUAUCGUCUGAGGAACCUUCCAAUUUAGCAGACAAUGAGUAUCCGCAAACAUUUUGGGGGCCUGAUCCAGAAGCUCUAGCUUAUGGCCAUGUCUUCCAAACACAUAUGGAAGAAGAUACGCACAUGGGUCCAAACCACUUAACACAGUUGUCAAACGACUGAUGAUACUGUAAACUUAAUGGCUGCCAAGGUUAUGUCCAAUCAAUUCAUUCAUUUCCAUAAAGAUUUAUCAAGCA